GUGCCAACCACACCGGCUUCUCGCUUGUUUUCCUUCAUGAAUCCACUGGCCUAUGAUGUGUGGCUCUACGUUUUAGCUGCUUAUUUUUUGGUUUCAUUCACCAUCUACAUCGUGGCAAAGUUUUCACCAAUCGAGUGGCGAGACAAAUAUCCAUGUGACAUGAGAAAUCCUGCCAUAACUAACCAGUUUUCAUUAUCUAAUAGCUUUUGGUUUACAAUUGGCACGUUGAUGCAGCAAGGAUCUGACAUAAACCCUAAGUCGAUAUCCACACGUAUUGUUAGCGCUAUAUGGUGGUUCUUCACGCUUAUUAUCAUUGCUUCGUACACAGCUAACUUAGCGGCAUUUUUAACCGUCGAACGCAUGAUAACUCCUAUUGAAAAUGCUGAGGAUUUGGCCAGCCAAACCGAGAUCUUCUACGGCACACUGGAAAGUGGCUCCACUAUGACGUUUUUUCGCGACUCAAUCAUUGAAACAUAUCGAAAAAUGUGGCGCAACAUGGAGAAUAGGAAAGCUAUCGCUUUCACUUCCACCUACGAAGAGGGUAUAAGGCGCGUGAACAAAGGUAACUACGCCUUUCUCAUGGAAUCCACAAUGCUUGACUACAUAGUGCAGCGGGAUUGUAAUUUGACACAGAUCGGAGGUCUACUUGAUACUAAAGGUUAUGGUAUCGCAACGCCAAAAGGCUCACCAUGGCGUGACAAAAUUUCUUUGUCCAUACUAGAACUCCAGGAAAAGGGUGAUAUACAAAUGCUCUACGACAAGUGGUGGAAAAAUGCCGGCGAAACCUGUGUACGCAAAAGCAACAGCAAACAAACAAAGGCGAAUGCACUCGGUCUGGAUAAUAUAGGUGGCGUGUUCGUUGUCCUACUCGUGGGUAUAGGCGUAGCAGCUUGCGUGGCUGUGUUCGAGUUUUGGUACCACUAUCGCACCCGAAAUAGGCGUAGCGUCUACUGUGAGGAUAAAUACCACCACACUACGGUUACCGACAAGGCGACAAGUGCUACAGGUAGUUUCGUCCUCGCCGAUACAUCUGACCGCGACAAACUGCAGGAGGAUCACAUCGUUGAACUAGAAUUCAUCCAGCAGCAACAGGAGCAGUCUUGCGAGCAUGUUACCGCCUACUGUUGCACCGAAACACCGCCCCAGCGUUCACUUUGCGGCGAGAUGCUCGACGAAUUUCGCUAUGCCUUGCGUUGCAUGGACUCUCAUCGGCGGCCAGCCCUGAAGCGUCGCUGCCCCACGUGCCACUUGUUCAAGGAUGUUAAGGGAUUUGUGGACAUAGACGCGAGGGGAUCAACAGAUGCUCGUUUCAGUAUUGUCGGCAGCGCUUCUAACGAAUUGGAUGUCGCAACCAUGCAGAGAAGACACAUCGCGGAACCACUGCUCUUGCUUUCGCCGACAUCAAGCGCACUCAACCCUGUAACGUAGAAAAAAAAUUAAAUUGUAGUUACUUAAAUUUUAAAAACAAUACAGUUUGUUUUUAUUUAGCCGAAGUAAAAAUAAACAUACAAUGUAUCAUAUAAUUCAAUAAC